AUGGAAAAUUUACGUAGUUCUUGGUGAGAAGAGGAAGUAAAUGAAAAAUAUCAAGUUAUCAAAAAUUUCGCAUACACAGUAUUGAAAAUCAUUUUAUUCGUUAUUGCAUUCAACUUAUGGUGUGAAAAAAAUCACGAUAUGCUAUUCACGUUUCUUCCAUUCGACUUAUUACAUAUAUUAGAAUGUAUUGCACUUUGGUAUGGAGAUAAUAAAAAUAAAGCCAUAAAGUCUUGAAUUAUAAUACUAUCCUCAGAGCUGAACUCCACUAUGUGGUUCCUAAUGGGAGCUUUUAUUUCAAAGGAGACAAAAAUUAUUUUAUGCGUUCUCUCUUUUGCCUCAAUAAACUUUUUUGAGUGACCAAUCAUUGAAUCUUUCUGAAUAAGGAAUUUUAUCCUACUAAAACACUUUUUCUAUUUCUAUUACAUCGAGUAUUUUACUGUAGGCCUGGAUUGCUCAGCAAUUGAAGGAGGAUUUUCACAAAUGAUUUCAAUUUUUAUUUUUUUAUUGUGCGAACUGAACUGGCGACAAACAAGAGAAAAGUCAUUUGGAAAGUUUUCGUAUAGAAAAACAAUAGAAAAAGCUGAAAAACGAUUGAGUUUAAUUUUUGAGCUAUUUCCUGAUGGCAUAUUGAUAAUUUCUAGUGACUAUAAAAUUUUAUUUUCAAAUGAAAAUUUAAUAAAGCUCUUACUAUCCUUUAUUGAGCAAAAACCAAGCUAAAAUUAUCCUUUUGUUUUAGAUAAAAAUUUGUUAAAUAUAGUUUGCUUUGUAUAAAAUAUUCUAAUAUAUAUUAAAUAUUUGUAAAAGCAUUAAGAUCUCUAGCUAAUUGCAUUAAUUUAGAGAUUUUGCAUUCAAAGACAUAAAUUUAUAAGUGAAAUUGAAUUUUUAUUUCAAAUAGUAAAAUUUUGAUUUUUUACAUAAAUUUUUGAUUUAAAAAUAUUUUUUCCUCGUUAACUAACCCCCCCUCCGUGAGUGAACAAAAAAAUUUUGUUACUCACGGAGGGGGGUUAAUUUUUUUUUUUUAAAAAAAUUUAUAUAUAAUUUUUAUAAAAAAUAUUUUUUUUCAAAAUUUAAAAAAAUCCCUAAUUCACAAAAAUUGGAAAGCAAAUAUUAUAAAAUUUAUGUUUUUAAAAAGCAAUUCGUUUAAAAAUUAAACAGAAUUAGCUCUAGAUUUCGUUAUAAUAAUUAUCAUUUAUAUAUUAAAUUUUUUUUCCAUAAAAAAUUUGUUCUAUUAAAAAAAUUUUUUGUUCACUCACGGAAGGUGGGUUUUUGGGGCAAAAAAUAGGGAUUUUUUCUAAUGGUUUUGUUCACUCACGGAGGGGGGGGAGUAAGGGGAUUAGGAUGCAGCGCACAGCAGAUACUUCCUUUACUAAAUUCAAUUCAGUAUAUAGAGGGAAAGAAAUAUCUGCAGUGAAAUAUAUCAAAUAAACUUAUAGAUGAUGCUAAUUUAAUUCAAAAUUUGCAGCUUAAUGAUGAAACUCUGCUUGGAGUGUGCAGAAUUGGCGAAUUUAAUUUGGAGUGAAAAGGACAAAAAAUAUUGUGAGAUGAUGAAGAAGCCACAUUAUUGACAGUUAGAAAUGUCAAUAAUUUAAUUCAGUUGGAGCGAACAUUAUCAGACAGUAAAUUAAAAAAUGUUAUAUUAAGAUCGGUUUCACACGAACUUAGAACGCCAAUAAACGCUAUUUCUAAUUUUGUCGAAUCAUUAAAAGAAGAGCCUGAAAUUGCUUGUCAUGAUGAAUGGAAUAGUAAAUUAGACAUUACCUUAAUUUCGUCUAAACUACUUUUGUCACUAGUAAAUGAUUUGCUGGAUUAUUCAAGAAUUUUGGCUGGAGUUUUUUCAAUAAAAAAGUCAAAAUUUUUAUUAAGAAAUGCAAUUAAUAAUACAAUACAAUUAAUAAAAAUUCAAGCCGAAAGAAAAGGACUAAAAAUUAUUUCAAGAAUAGAUCCUCAGCUACCUGUGUAUAUAUUUUCAGAUCCUUUAAGAUUUAAUCAAGUUCUUUUGAAUCUACUAACUUCCACUCCCUCCGUUAGCGAACAAAUCAUUAGAAAAAUCCUUAUUUUUGCCCAAAAAAAUCCACCCUCCAUAAGCGAACAAAAUUUUUUUAGGAAAAAAAUUUUUAUAUAUAAGUGAUAAUUAUUAUAAUAAAAUCUCUACCGAAUUCUAUUUAAUUUUAAACAGCCUGCAUUCUAAAAUAUCAAUAAAACAAAUUAAAUUAAUUUUUGCUACUCAAUUUUUAUGAAUUUUUUUUAAAUUUUGAAGAAAAAAAAUUUUUAAAAUUGUUUUAAAAAAAAAAUUAACCCCAUCCGUGAGCGAGCAAAAUAUUUUAGCUCGCUCACAGGGGGAGUAAGUAACGCAUUGAAGUUUACAAUUUCAGGCUUUAUUGAGGUUACUUGUUUAUCAUGCGCUGAUGGAACUAUGAAAACAAUAGUGCAAGAUACAGGAAUAGGCAUCAAAGAAUCAAAGAUUAAAGACUUAUUCCAAGAAUUCCAUACACAAUAUCAGGAAACCUUAAAUCCAACUGGAUGCGGACUAGGUUUAUUCAUUUCAAAUAUAAUUGCCAAAGAACUAGGCUCAAAUUCAAUUGAAGUUCAAUCAAAAGAAAGCCAUGGAUCAUCUUUUAGUUUCAUCAUUGAUAUCAAAGAGAGUAUCCAUAAUGGGGCAAUAAACAAUUCAGAGACCUUAACAUAUGAUGAUUCUUUGUCAGAAAAUCUUUCAGAAAAUAUUUUUCCAAUAAUAAUAAAAGAUUUUAAUGCUGUAAUGAAACAAGAGUAUCCAAAAAUUUUAAUUGUCGAUGAUAAUGAAUUUAAUAGGAUUUCGCUUGGAUCAAUUCUUUUUAGCAACAAUAUAUUGUAUAGUGAAGCUUGUACAGGAAAGCAGGCUGUAAAUAAUAUUGAAGAAAUGAGCAGGAAGAAAAAGCCGUUUAAAUUAGUUAUUAUGGACGGAAGCAUGCCUGAACUCAAUGGCUGAGAUGCAACAAAACAAAUUUUUAAUUUACAUGCUGAAGGUAAGCUUGAUGACUUACCUACGAUAAUUGGGUACACAGCAUUUACUUCUGAUCAAGAUAUAAAAAUGUGUAUAGAUGCAGGGAUGGCAGACUGCAUUAUCAAGCCUUGCAGUUCUCAAAUAUUGAUGAGUAAAAUAUUUGAAUACUUGAAAUAG